UCGCGUUUCGUUUCAAGCAACAGUGCAAACAGCAUCCCGCUCACAGACAACAGCUCCACUCCCGUCAGCUUGAAAAGCUCCACUCCCGUCAGUAUGGAGUCCGGCACCUCCACCGUAAACACACGUGCUACCCGUUCCACAGGAGCCACUACACCCGGCCCCACCCCCGCGUACUCGAAAAAGCUCGUCGUCGUCGGCGAUGGAGGUUGCGGAAAGACCUGUUUGCUGAUUGCAUACUCGCAAGGGAUUUUCCCCGAGAAAUACGUCCCGACGGUGUUUGAGAACUACAUCACGCACAAGGUGCACCCCAACUCCGGGAAAACCGUCGAGCUGGCGUUGUGGGACACUGCCGGCCAGGAGGAGUACGACCGUCUACGUCCACUAUCCUACCCCGAGACCAACGUACUCUUUGUGUGCUUCGCCGUCGACUCACCCCACUCGCUCGAGAACGUGCUCGACAAGUGGUAUCCCGAAGUCCUUCACUUCUGUCCGCAAACGCCCGUGGUGCUCGUAGGCCUGAAGACGGAUCUCCGCAAGAACCGCAACGUGAUCGACCUCCUGCGCACGCACGGCAUGACGCCCGUAUCGGCGGCGCAAGGCAGCGAGGUCGCGAAGCGCAUGAACGCCACCUACGCUGAGUGCUCGAGCAAGGAGAUGGUCGGCGUAAACGAGGUGUUCGACCUCGCUAUGGACAUGACCAUAGGGGUCAACGGCAAAGGGCCAGCCGUCGGCAUCGGCGGGAAGAGGAAGAAGAAGAAGAGCUGUAUUAUUUUAUAGGCGGCGGACGGAUGGAGGGGUGGAUGGGCGGUUGGUUGGUUGGAAAGUGGGUAAGGCGGGUACUUACGUGCGUUACGUUACGUGGUGUGGAGCGGUUGGCGUUGGGAGUAUUGUUUGCUUUGCUGCGUUUCGUUUGAGGCGUGUGGUGGUGGACAGACAGCUUUUUGAUCUGGACUUGCUGUGUGUGUGUGUGUGCGCGUGUGUGUGUGGGUGG